GGAUUUCAGAGAGAAUUGAGCGGUGUGUUGAGAUAAACAUGGAGCGAAAUGUCGGGUCCCUUCAGGAGCAGGCCCUGAAGAGAAAAGAGAGGUUAAAAGCACUAAGAGAUAAACAGCUUCAUGGGCGAGAGCAAGAAGAUGGGGAGCCAGAGAAGAAAAAAUCUUCAUUAGAGGAGACUACGGAGGAGAAGCACAGAGAUCUGAAGCUGAGGAAUUACACCCCAGAGGAUGAAGAGCUGAAGGAGAGGCAGGUACCUAAAGCCAAACCGGCAUCAGUGGAGGAUAAAGUUAAAGACCAGUUAGAGGCAGCAAAUCCAGAGCCCAUCAUUGAAGAAGUGGAUUUGGCCAACCUUGCCCCGAGAAAACCAGACUGGGACCUGAAACGAGAUGUGGCAAAGAAACUGGAGAAGUUGGAGAGGAGAACACAGAGAGCCAUCGCUGAGCUCAUCCGGGAUCGUCUGCGAGGCAGCGAGGAGGAGUUGGCUGGGGCGGUGGGAGCAGUAGGAGUGGAGGAGGGAGACUCAGACUGAAUCCAAAAUGUGACAGUUCAAAAAACAAAGAGAAGACGAUGGCAAGUGAGUGGAACACCAUAAUAAGGACCUGACUUUAUCUGGACUGUACCAUCACAUCUGUGUUGUGCUUAGAGAGAUUGGUUGCUUUCAUCACUGCAGGGAGUAAAGUUUCCCAUCAGGUCUUUAUAUAUGUUUACUUGUAUCAUUGUCUUAUUACAUAUCAAUACACAGUAGUACAUUCUGUAUAUGUGGUUAAUUGAGUUGCAUUGUUAAUGUAAUCAUCAAUAUUGUUGUAAUUUUUUAUAUUCAAAUAAAAUAUUGUUUUUUCAAUAUUU